AACAGCGUGUAUGCAUGAGUGUAUGCGUGCACCACAAGCGUUGCGGUUCCAUUUCCAUUCGUUCCACUGGCCCUGACAAAUGCCGAGCAAUAAAAUCGCGUCGUAUUUUAUAAGCCAUUGCAGGAAUCAUUAUUUUGAGCCUAAAGUCAGUUUGAUCAACUGAGUAGGCAAAUUUAGUUGUGCACUACAACAAAUUUAUUAGAGUAAUUAGUGCGACAUGGAAACGUCUGAAAUAGAAAAGGCCGGCGGCGACGAAGCCGAUACCUUAUCCGAGCCACUCGAGAAGACCACAACAGACGCGGCCGCAGAAGUGGAGCUAAAGGAAAUUCAAGAUACCAAUCCCGACGCAACCAAUUUGGAGCCAGUAUUGCCAGAGAAGAGCAAGAGCAAGUCUCCUUCGCCGGCACCCAAGAAUGGUGAUGACAAUGCCGAGGCCAUCGCCGACCGCUCGCGUAGUCGCAGUCGCAGUGCUACCAGGAAGAGCGCAUCCCGCUCGAGAAGCGGAUCCCAUAAGUCCCGCAGCGGAUCGGUGCACUCGGCAGCCAGUGGCCGGCGUUCGCGCAGUGGCUCCAAGCAGUCCCUAAACGGUUCCCGUCGGUCGCGGAGCGGCUCCGCUCCGUCCCGCAGUGGCUCCCGUCAUUCUGGCGCAGCACCGGGAUCGCCUGCAGGGUCCAGACGUUCGCGCAGCGGCUCUAGACGAUCCCGCAGUGGCUCUAGACGAUCCCGCAGUGGCUCUAGACGAUCACGCAGCGGCUCCAGGCGUUCCCGCAGUGGAUCUAAGCGAUCCCGCAGUGGAUCACGUCGCUCCCGCAGUGGAUCACGUCGCUCCCGCAGUGGCUCUAAGCAGUCACGUCGCUCCCGCAGUGGAUCUAAGCGAUCUCGCAGUAGGUCCGGCUCUAGACGCUCAAAUAUAUCGCGGAGCGGUUCCCGACGUUCGAGAAGCGGCUCCGUAUCUAGACGAUCUCGUAGUGGAUCUGGAUCAAGGCGUUCUCGAAGUGGCUCCAGGCGCUCGCGCAGUGGUUCUAAACGCUCCCGAAGUGGCUCCAUUCGCUCCCGAAGCGGAUCCAGGCGUUCUAGGAGCGGAUCCAGGCGCUCUAGGAGCGGAUCCAGGCGCUCUCGCAGUGGAUCGGCGCGGUCUCGCAGCGGAUCUCGCCGUUCCCGCAGUGGUUCUAGACGCUCACGCAGUGGCUCCAGACGUUCUAGGAGCGGAUCCAGUCGUUCGCGCAGUGGCUCGGGCUCCAGGCGAUCGAGGAGUGGAUCGAGACGAUCCCGCAGCGGAUCUAGUCGCUCGAGAAGUGGAUCGAGUCGCUCGAGAAGUGGAUCCAGGCGCUCCAGAAGUGGUUCUAGACGCUCUAGAAGCGGAUCCAGGCGCUCUAGGAGUGGUUCCAGGCGCUCUAGAAGUGGAUCCAGGCGCUCCAGGAGCGGAUCGAGGCGUUCUAGAAGCGGUUCCCGCUCCCGCAGCCGAUCCAUUAGCGGUGGUUCGCGAAAGGGAUCCCGGUCUCGGUCCGGUAGUGCCACAUCCCAGACUGCUUCCAGGCGAAAAAGACUGGCCAUCAGCGACUCUGAUGACGACGGACCGAAGGUGACAAAGAAGCGUGUAAAAAUCACGGACACAGACAAUGAAGAGGAUGAGCAGGACAAUGGGAUAGGCAAGGAGAAAUCACAAGACAAAAUCACAGAGAGCUCUGACGAUGAGAACACACCAAUUUCAAAUGAACCAGAGAACAGUAACUUUAUUUCCGACUUUGAUGCUAUGCUCAUGAGGAAGAAGGAGGAGAAGCGAGUGCGUCGUCGCAAGCGCGAUAUUGAUCUGAUCAACGACAACGAUGAUCUGAUCGAUCAGCUUAUCGUCAGCAUGAAGAACGCCUCGGACGACGACCGUCAGCUGAACAUGACAGGUCAGCCGGCCACGAAGAAGAUUUCCAUGCUGAAGCAAGUGAUGUCACAGCUGAUCAAGAAGCACUUGCAGCUGGCCUUCUUGGAGCACAACAUACUCAAUGUACUUACAGAUUGGCUAGCGCCCCUGCCAAACAAAAGUCUGCCAUGUCUUCAGAUACGCGAGAGUAUUCUUAAACUGUUAUCAGAUUUUCCUACCAUUGAAAAGGGACUGUUGAAACAGUCGGGCAUUGGCAAGGCUGUGAUGUACUUGUACAAACAUCCCCAGGAGACCAAGUCGAAUCGCGAUCGCGCUGGUCGCCUGAUUUCCGAAUGGGCUCGGCCGAUAUUCAACGUUAGCUGCAACUUCUCAGCGAUGAGCAAGGAGGAGCGUCAGGAGCGCGAUUUGGCGCAGAUGUCGCGUCAUCGGCACAAGAGUCCGGAUCCAGAGCCUUCCUCCAGCAGCAAAGCACCUACCUUAAAUCAGACCCUCUCCAACGAGGACAAGCUGCUGCGUCCCGGAGAUCCCGGCUGGGUGGCUCGCGCUCGUGUUCCCAUGCCCUCCAACAAGGACUACGUCAUCCGCCCUAAGUCAACCGUCGAGGGUGAAGUCUCCGCGUCGACAAAACGCAAGCCAAACCGCUACGAGAAGCACAUGAAACGUUUCCUGGACUCAAAGCGACUGAAGGAGAGCCGCAGGGCAGUUGAGAUAUCGAUAGAGGGUCGAAAGAUGGCACUAUAAGCAGCAUUCUAGCUAACUUUAAAUUAAAUCAUAGAAGGAAAUUAAAAAAAAAAAAACAUGUA